CUAAUAAAAGAAGAGAAAAUAUGUCAGAAUUGCCAGAACGUCCAGAGGAACGAGAAUGCAGCACCUAUCUUGUAACAGGAAACUGUAAUCUGGGAAAAAACUGCAAAUACCAUCACCCCAAGAAUAUAACCCCGAUAGAGCCUGGACUGGCUCUCAACGACAAUGGCUUACCGUUAAGACCUAAUCAAGCGGUUUGCCCGGAUUUCAGUCGCUUUGGCCUUUGCAAAUCCGGUCCAACUUGUAAGUUCGACCAUUCAACCUAACCAUCAUCAUCCUCAUCCUCAUGUUGCAAAUGAUGAAAAUGAAACUGAUAUUCCCUAUCUUCCAAUCCAUUUAUUCUAAAUAAGAUUAUAGUAUAUAUAUGCAUAUAUAUAUAUAUAUUUAUGUGUUUUAUUCACCAUUUGUAAUAAUAAUAUAUGAAAGAAUGUAAGAAUCAAGUUUGAUCACCAUGGUAUAAAAAGUGUUCAUUUCAUGUAACAAGAUUGGACUUUUUGUUUC